GCCAGCUGCCCAGACUAUUCCGCGUACUCUCAGCAGCGACACAUACCACUCUCCAGCGGGCGCUACGCACUAUCCUGGCAGCGGCCGGCGCCCGCGUGCCGGACAUUCAACUCGUCCGUAGUCGAGGCGGCGAUCACACACAUAACGGCCGACAUCGCGGACCCGGACCUGGCGCGCCUGUUCGAGAACAGCUACCCCAACACGCUCGACACGGCGGUGCGGUGGCGGGGGCGCGCAGCGGACAAUAACGAAGAGCUGGCAUUCAUCAUCACCGGCGACAUCGACGCCAUGUGGCUGCGCGACAGCGCCAACCAGCUGAUGUCGUACCUGCCGCUUCUCGGCCCGUCGUCUUCACCUUCCAACAGCAGCGGCGGCGACCUCGCAAGCCUCUACCGCGGCGUCAUCAACCUGCAGGCACGGCACGUGCUAACAGCACCGUUCUGCAACUCGUUCCAGGCGCCGCGCGAGAGCGGCAUCGCGGCCGCAACCAACAGCGCGGCAGCGUCCGACGUCGUCGUGCCGCCGUACGACGCGGCGGCGGUGUUUGAGUGCAAGUACGAGCUGGACAGCCUGGCCGCAUUCCUGCAGCUGAGCGCGGCGUACCUGUCCGCGACGGGCGACAGGGGCUUCUUCGCGCGGGCCGCGUCGCAGUGGGCGGCGGCGGCGCGGGCAGCGCUGGCGACGGCGCGGGCGAUGCGCGACGCGCCGACGUACGACGACGGCGACGGGCACGUGGUGAAGAGCCCGUACACCUUCACGCGGCAGACGACGCGCGCGACCGAGACGCUGGCCAACGACGGCGCCGGCAGCCCCGUGGGCAACGGCACGGGGCUCGUGCGCAGCGCGUUCCGGCCGAGCGACGACAGCACGCUGUUCCAGCUGCUGGUGCCGGCCAACAUGAUGUUUGCGCGGGGGCUGGCGCGGGCGGCGGGCGUGGCGGACGCGGCGGGCGACGGCGCGCUGGCGGCCGAGAUGCGUAACUUUGCCGCGGAGCUGGGCGCGGCCGUCGAGCAGCACGGCGUUGUGCGCGUGCCGGUGCUGCGGGGCGCUGGGACCGGCGGCACGGAGACGGUGUAUGCGUAUGAGGUGGACGGGUUCGGGUCGGCGGCGAUAAUGGACGACGCCAACAUCCCGUCGCUGCUGGCGGCGCCGCUGUUAGGUUACGUGAAUGCCACGGACGCGCUAUACCGGCGCACGCGGGCGCGGACCCUGGCGCCGCCAGCCGCGGGCGGGAACCCGUAUUUUAUGCAAGGCCCGGUGCUGAGCGCAGUCGGGGGCCCGCAUGUCGGGCCCGGCAUGGCGUGGCCGAUGGCGCUGAUCGUGCAGAUCAUGACGAGCGAUGACGACGCCGAGGUCACGGCGGCGCUGGGACAGAUCCUGCGCAGCACCGACGGGCUGGGACUGAUCCACGAGAGCGUCAACACGUUCAACGCCAGCCAGUGGACAAGGCAGUGGUUCUCAUGGGCCAACGGGCUCUUUGGUCAGAUGAUUCUCGAUCUGCACUCGAGGAAGCCCGGAAUUCUCAAGACCAGUUUCCAGUGA